AUGCGCAUGUACCAUCGAGGAGAAAUCCCGCCAAUGGACGGCGAUAGGUCCCAAGGAAAAAGCUUCCCGCCGAGACCACCAAAAUCUGGGCAAAGGAGAAGCGCGGACGACAACCCCGUCCGAGGAAGGAUGCAGAAAAGGCGGAAGCCCCGCUUGGGAAAAGGAAUCGUGACGACCACGACGACCUACCUCCACCACCGAAGCGACAAAGACACUGGAUCGCAUGGGAGUGGAAAGGAUCAUCAAACCUACAUCCCGUCCCCUCACCGGUUUCACCGCCGAAUACACUACAGCGGCACAGUCCGGCUCCCCGUUUAUGUCGGCGGAAUUUCAAAGCUCUUGAAGUUCAUCGUCAUGGACAAACCGGCCAUCUAUAACGCAAUACUCGGCACCCCCAUGGCUCCAUGA